AUGGCACUGCAGGUUGAUCCAUUAUCUGCCGCUGCAACUCUUCUAACUGUUGCCUACCUUCCGGAUAUAGUUCACUGUUUCAAAUCUAAACUUGGUUUGUCUAGCAGUGAUGAUGCUAAACUACAUACACUCUCUUGGAACAUCGCUAAUAUUGAGCAAAUACUUGAUGAAGUGGAGUAUGAUCAACUACUGGAUAGCUCUGCGUUGGCCAAGAUCAGACGUCUUAGAUAUGCAAGCUAUCGAGCAGAGGACGAGCUGGACGAAAUUUUAAUUGCCCGAUCCGAGAAAUUGGGUCAACCAACUCAAAGUUCUUACAAUCAGGUAUUCAGCUUUUUCUCCUCAUCUGAAACCAUAACUCCUGAGAGCUUAGGUAUCAAGAGUUCAGCUAGAAUGAUGAACGAGGUAAUGCCUUCAAUCUCUGAUCCUGCAAGGAGCUCAAUAUUGAACUCCAGAUCCCCUUCCUCCUCUAUUGAUUCAUCAUGGUCAAUCUAUAAAAAACUCCCUGCACCUCUGAAAAAAUGUUUUGUGUUGUUUUCAAUAUUCACGAGGAAUCAUAAAUUUGAGAAAGAAAAUUUAGUCCAAUUAUGGAUGGGUGAAGAUUUCAUUCGGGACGACGGACAGAACAAAAAGUUAGAAGAUAUAGGGAGUAGUUAUUUUGAUAAGCUGUUAGAAAGCUCCUUUUUUUUAUUAAAUUCAGAUGAUAUUUACCAACUGAAGGGUGAUUUCCAUGAGCUUGCAAAGUUUGUUUCUUGUGGAGAAUGUCUGACAAUAAAUGAAAGUGAAGCUGUAGCAGAUUACUUAUCCCGCUUGACGGAUUGUCUACGCCAUUUUUCACUGCAUUGUGAAAAUUAUUUGGUGAACACAGCUGAUGUUCUUGCUGGAUGUGAAGGAUUGCGUACUUUCCUUCUGCACAUUGGAGGCAAGAGAAGCAUCCAUCAUAAAGUUAAACUUCCUUAUAAUCAAUUUACAUGUUUCAAACGCUUGCGUGUGUUGGAUAUAAGUUGUUCUUCCACCAUUGAAGUUCCAGAUUCUAUUGGUUGUUUGAAGCACCUCCGGUACCUUGAUCUCUCUAAAUCUAUAAUUGAAAAGUUGCCCAAGACCAUCUGUAAACUUCGUAGUUUACAGAUACUGAAACUCAAUGGUUGUAAGAAACUCAAAAACUUGCCUUGCUUGGAGGAUCUUCGUAGCUUGAAAAAGCUUUUGUUAGACAAAAAUCACUAUUUAGACUCCUUGCCACCAGGAAUUGGGCAAUUAACUAUGCUUGAGACAUUUUCUUGUCCAUUUGUUUUGGAAGACGCUAAGGAGGCUGCACUAAAUGAUAAACAGUUUCUUUGCCAAUUGAAGUUGAAGUGGACUGAGGAACCCACUGGACAGUACUAUAGAUUUGAAGAGGUUCUUGAAGGCCUCCAACGACAUAGUAAUCUGGAAACAUUAAAAAUAUUAGGUUAUGGUGGUUGGAGUUUUCCAGACCGGAUGACUAAUGACUCCAGUUCAUUUGGAAAACUUAAGAAAGUUUCCUUGAGAAAUUGCAAAAGAUGUCAAUAUCUUCCUCCCCUUUGGCGUCUCCCAAUGCUUAAGACACUUUCUAUAAGUGAAAUGGAUCAAAUAGAGCAGUUGAACAAUGACUCUUUUCUUGGAAGUGGAAGCGGAAUUGGGUUUUCAUCGCUUGAGAUGCUUAAAGUUAAAAACAUGCCUAAUUUGAAAAUUUGGCUUGUAGAACAGAAUGGUAACAGUGAUUGGCUUCCUUUUCCCAACCUUAAUCGACUUAUGUUCAAGGAUUGUCCCAUGCUAGAGGAACUUAAAGUGCUUCACAUGCUCAAUUCCCUCUGCUUUCUGAAAAUCAAAGAAUGUCCAUUACUAACUGGAUGGAUGGAUCAACAGCCAGGUUGGCAGAAAAAGCAGGAAGACGAUGGAAGCUUGAUGUACCAACGCAUAUGA